CACACACAAAGUCACAAACUCCCAUCUCAUCCUCCUCCUUGCUUCCUUCCUCUCUGUCUGAACCCAAAAACUCAAUAACCUCUCGCCCAUGGCUUCUUCUGUAUCUCCGAGGCACCAAGAGAACACUAAUCCCAACCCCUCUUCAUCAUCUUUCCUUCCUUCCCCAACCUCCGCUACCAACAAUGGAGUCCCGCCCCAGCAACCACCCCCUCCCAAACCCAUCACCAGAUCCGAAUCCGCCGCCCCUUACCCCACCACCUUCGUCCAGGCCGACACUUCCUCCUUCAAGCAGGUCGUCCAAAUGCUCACCGGAUCUUCAGACACCGUGAAGCAUGCCUCCGUUCCCAAACCCCUCUCCGAUUCCGCUUCCUCCAAGACUCACAUCCCGCCCAUCAAAUCCAACCCCAAGAAGCAGCAGCAGCAGUCUGGGUUCAAGCUCUACGAGCGAAGGAAUUCCCUUAAGAAUCUCAAGAUCAACCCUCUGAUUCCUUCUUUCGGGUCCAAUAAUUCCGGUUUUUCGCCCCGAAAACCCGAGAUCCUAUCCCCCAGCAUCCUCGACUUCCCCUCCCUCGUUCUCAGCCCCGUCACGCCCCUCUUACCCGACCCGUUCGAUCGCUCGGCCGCGAACCCGUACCGAUGCGCCGAUGGCAACGGAAGCCCGAGUUUGGAUGCGGAGGCGGAGGAGAGGGCUAUCAAAGAGAAGGGGUUUUUCUUACAUCCUUCGCCGGCAACUACUCCCAGGGACGCCGAACCCCGAUUAUUGUCUCUGUUCCCGACCACAUCUCCCAGAGCUUCAGGUUCUUCUUCUCCGUCCUCUUGAUUCAAUUUUUCCUUUUUCAUUGUUGUAAGAUUGUUAUAUAUAUAUAUAGAUGAACGGGCAUUGGAUAUGAGGAGGAGGAGGAGGAGAGAUAAAUUUGUAAUAAUCGAGGAAUUAAUGUUUUGCUUCAUCCAUUGUUUGUAUAAUAACUUUUUUUUCUUUUUGUUCUGCUCAAUUCCACUCUGUUAGUGUUAUGAAUCCGAAUUAACAU